AUGUACGAAGGAAAUGACCAGUAUGAAGGUUACUGUGUGGACCUGGCCUCAGAGAUUGCCAAACACAUUGGAAUCAAGUACAAGAUCUCCAUCGUCCCAGAUGGAAAGUAUGGCGCCAGGGACCCAGAGACGAAGAUAUGGAACGGCAUGGUCGGGGAGCUGGUGUACGGGGUACGAACGUCAAAAGCGGAAAUCGCUGUGGCCCCUUUAACUAUCACGUUGGUCCGGGAAGAAGUGAUUGAUUUCUCAAAACCCUUCAUGUCACUGGGUAUCUCCAUCAUGAUCAAAAAACCACAAAAAUCAAAGCCAGGGGUGUUCUCCUUCCUGGACCCGUUGGCCUAUGAGAUCUGGAUGUGCAUCGUGUUCGCCUAUAUCGGCGUGAGCGUGGUGCUCUUCCUGGUCAGCCGCUUCAGCCCGUACGAAUGGCACACCGAGGAGCCCGAAGAGGGCACCGACGGUCCGCCAAGCGACCAGCCCCCCAAUGAGUUUGGCAUCUUCAACUCUCUCUGGUUCUCCCUGGGUGCUUUCAUGCAACAAGGCUGUGACAUCUCUCCCAGAUCACUAUCGGGACGAAUUGUUGGAGGAGUUUGGUGGUUCUUCACUCUCAUCAUCAUCUCGUCCUACACGGCAAACCUGGCUGCUUUCCUCACGGUGGAGAGAAUGGUUUCCCCAAUUGAGAGCGCUGAGGAUCUGGCCAAGCAGACAGACAUUGCCUAUGGUACUCUGGACUCUGGUUCAACCAAAGAAUUCUUCAGGCGUUCCAAGAUUGCCGUCUAUGAGAAGAUGUGGGGCUACAUGAAGUCUGCUGAACCCACAGUCUUCACCAAAACCACGGCUGAAGGGGUGGCACGAGUCCGCAAGUCGAAAGGAAAAUACGCCUUCCUACUGGAGUCCACAAUGAAUGAAUACACAGAACAGCGCAAGCCCUGCGAUACAAUGAAAGUUGGAGGCAACUUGGACUCCAAAGGCUAUGGAGUAGCCACACCCAAGGGUUCACAGUUAAGAAGUGCAGUUAACCUGGCAGUGUUAAAACUCAAUGAGCAAGGACUGUUGGACAAAUUGAAAAACAAGUGGUGGUACGACAAAGGAGAGUGUGGCAGCGGAGGCGGUGGUGAGAAGGUUAGCCACUAUGUUGCUAUGCCCAUAACGCCUGUAAACCUUGCCGUAUUGAAACUGAGUGAAGCAGGAGUCUUAGACAAACUGAAAAACAAAUGGUGGUACGAUAAAGGGGAGUGUGGACCCAAGGACUCUGGAAGUAAGGAUAAGUCAUCACAGGCCCUCAGCCUGAGCAACGUGGCGGGGGUCUUCUACAUCCUGGUUGGGGGCCUGGGUCUGGCCAUGCUGGUGGCACUCAUUGAAUUCUGCUACAAGUCACGCAACGAGGCCAAGAGAAUGAAGCUAACAUUCACAGAAGCGAUGAGGAACAAGGCCCGUCUUUCUAUCACAGGCAGCGUUGGGGAGAACGGACGAGUUCUGACGCCUGAUUGUCCCAAGGCCGUCCACUCUGGGCCUCCCAUUCGCCAGAGCUCCGGCCUGGCCCUGGUUUCGUCAGAGCUUCCUUGA